AUGGCCAAAGCGAGCAAGGAGCUGAACCUAGUGCGGCCAACUCUUAGUACCGAAAAGGGCAUAGAAGUGAAAGAGGGCUGGCACCCUCUUUACGCGGCUGCUUGCGACCAUUUUGUCCCCAACGAUGUGGAAAUAACUAAGGAAACUGGAUUCAUCGGCGUCCUCACCGGUCCCAACGCCAGCGGCAAAUCUGUCUACCUGAAGCAGAUCGGGCUGAUAGUGUACAUGGCGCACAUCGGGUGCUUCGUGCCGGCCGAGUCGGCGAAGAUCGGGAUCGUCACCCACAUCUUCUCCAGGAUCCAUUCCACCGAGUGCGUCGCGUCUCACAUGUCAGCGUUCCUAAUCGAUCUGAGACAACUGUACUAUGUACACUACUGGCUGUGGUCCGUGGACAGUCCACAACUCUUCCUGUCAUACCAUAACUCUGUU